CACACACUGUGUUCCUGCUCUGCAUUGUUUGCAACUGAUACCAUUGUGAGAGGUCUUUCAAAAAGUGUAGAGUAAAUUUUCAUUUUAAUUGCUGUCUUUAAUCUAUAAUUGUAUUCUUGUAACUGUAGGCUUUGCCAUCAAACAAUUACUGUGAUGAAUAUGUAAAACCACAAAGGAAAGUUUCAGUCUCCUUCAGUAGGAAGAACAAACUGAGAAUCUGAUUGUUUACAGCAUCUGAUUGUUACAUUCAUGAACUACACAAAUGUGUUCUUCUGUGUGAUUCCAGUAAAAGUGGAAUCAUGAGCUCUGAAUGUGGAAUAUUAUCACUCAUCACCCUGCUGUGUGUUUCAGGGUGCCUGGGUGAGAGUGUCAGUGUGUCCUGCAGUCCUCAGACUGUCUGUGCUCUGCGGGGGUCAGAUGUGAACCUGAACCUGAAAUGCUCUUACUCAAACAUCAACACCAAAACUGUUUUCUGGUUCAGCUUCAAACAGAAAGCUAAAUGGAGGAAUGAGACACAUCCAGAGGAUUUAGCUUUAGACUCAGACUACACAGGACGAGUGAACACUCUAAACACAAGAUCCAGCUCAACUCUUACAAUCAGAGAGCUGAGAGAGAGAGACUCAGGAGAAUAUCACCUCAUGAUCAUCACAGAACAAGGAGAGAAACACUCCAGUCCUGCGGUUACAGUAACAGUUGCAGAUCUGCAGCUGAAGAUGACCCAGAGUGGACAGGAAGUGACUCUCACCUGUAGCACUUCCUGCAGUCUGACCUCUAAACCUGAUUUCUACUACUGGUACAAGAAUUCAGAAUAUAUAAACAGAUACACACCUUACAACAUGCCCCAGCCUCUCGUUUUAUCCAGCAGAGCUGAUGCUGGCAGUUACUCCUGCUCUGUUAGCAGCAGAUCAACACGUAAAUCCUCUCCAGUCGGUGAGUGAAGUGCUGCUCAAUACAGAGAUUUUCUCUCCUGAUUAUUAAUAAACUGAUCACAUAAAGCAGCAGUGAUUUGUGUUUCUUACAGAUGUUUUUAUUGAGGACUCAGAGAUGAAUGUGAGUUACUCAGAAAGACAGAUCGAUGCUGUGGAGGGUUUAUCAGUGGAUUUUCUCUGCACUUACUCACAUCCCAAAGCUGAGAGAGUUAAUAAAGCUUUCUGGUUUUACUUUCGGCCUGAAGUGGAGUCAGAGGAGCUGAGUGAGGAAGAGCAGUUUGCUGGUCGAGUGGAGUUUAUUGGAGAUAAAGAGAGAAACUGCACUCUGAGAAUGAGAGAUGUGAGAGAGAGAGACUCUGGAGAAUAUCGCUUUCAGUUCAGCACUCAGUCUGGAGAGACCUUUACUGGAUCACCUGGAGUCACUCUGAAAGUUACAGGUAACUGUGCACACUUUUGAUACAAAGCAAUCAAUAUUUACAUGGUGACCAAACGGAAAAUACAUGUACACUAAAUGGCCAAAAGUAUGUGGACAUCCAUUUUAAUUUUUGAGUUCAGGUGUUUCAGCCACACUUGCUGCUAACAUGUGUAUAAGGGUCAGAUUCUAGGUUAGACUCCUGGCUGCCUCGUCUUUGUGUGCUUUUAAGCAGUCACGGGCUGGAGGUUAGGGAACCAGCCCUGUGACCGGAAGGUCGCUGGUUCAAUCCCCUGAUCCAACAGAAUAUGACUGAAGUGCCCUUGAGCAAGGCACCCAACCCCCAACUGCUCCCCGGGCGCUGCGGAUAGGGCUGCCCACCGCUCCAGGCAAGUGUGUUCACUGCCCCCUAGUGUGUGUGCAUUCACUAGUGUGUAUGUGGUGUUUCACUGCACGGAUGGGUUAGAUUGCGGAGGUGAUAUUUCCCCAUUGUGGGACUAAUAAGGGUCUCUUAAUCUAUAAAAUCAUGCACAUAGCUAUGUGAUCUUCAUAGAGAAAUGCUGUUUUGGAGGGCCUGGACUAGGUUCUAGUGAAGGAUAAUGUUUGGGGAAUGCUGUUUCUUGUUCCAGCAUAACCGUGUCCCUGUGCACAAAACAAGGUCCAUGAAAACAUGGUUUGACACGUUUGGUGUGGAGGAACUAUAAAGGCCACACAGAGCCCUGACCUCAACCCUACUG